AUGAAUAACGUUGCUACAUCAGCGCAGUCUCCUUCAGAAUCACAUUUGAAAAACUAUUGUCUUCAAAGAGUACCUACUAUUUAUGCUUCGACCAAAGUUUUUAUUUUUCUCUAUGUUUGUAACUUUUCCAAAACAUUUUUUUUUGUUCUGAAACUAUUAUUGAACAACACACGAAGAAUAUGCGAGUGUAACUCAAUUCCCUUAAAUUUUACGCCAAUUUGCUGCAUAGUAAAAUUAAUCACAACCGGAUCGUUCACGUUCACGAACGUUUUAAAAGUUAAAUGUGUGUCUGCACUUUUAUCUGCAAGUAUUUUGAAAGGAGAUCCAGACGUGCUAGAUCAGACGUUAGACCUGAAUUACACCGGGCUAGCGGGUCAGGCUGAGCUGAACAAGAAUGACGUGUUAUCGUUCCUUAACCAGAGGGAUAUUCGGGAGCAGUAUCAAAUACUUCAUGAAACUUUACUAUCCAAACUUGUUGACUCCGAUAACCGGCGUCGAGCGGAUGCCGACUCCACGCGGCGCAUCGUACGCGGGCGCAACACGUCCAUCGCGGCGGUGCCGUGGCAGGCGUCGCUGCGGCGCCGCGGCCGCCCCAUCUGUGGAGCCUCCGUGAUCACGCCGCAGUGGCUCAUCACCGCAGCCCACUGCUUGCUCAGCGCUCGGCCCAGCGAGCUGACAGUCCGUCUGGGCUCCUCGUGGAAGUCCCACGGCGGGGAACUCUACGACGUGAAGGAAUGCUUCGUGCACCCGCGCUACAACGCACACUCGAAGCAACACGACGUGGGGCUCAUGCAGCUCUACGCCACGCUCCGGUUCUCCGCCAGUGUGAUGCCGAUCAGACUCGUGGAUGAGGGCGUCAGGAUCCUGGCGGGACGGCCCGCUGUUGUGUCGGGGUGGGGACGGCUGCAGGAGAAAGGCACGGGCACGCAGUUCCUGCAGUCCACGUGGAUCCCCAGCAUCACCAUGAAGAAGUGCCGGCGCUCGGGGCUGGCCCGCUCCUCCAUCGACCCCAGCUCCAUGUUCUGUGCAGGCUCCUUCGAGCACGGCUCGCCUGAUGCUUGCCAGGGUGACAGCGGCGGCCCGAUGGUGAUGGACGGGGUGCUGGUUGGCGUGGUCUCGUGGGGACUCGGCUGCGCUCGCGGCAACUUCCCCGGGGUGUACACGCGCCUGGCGCAGCCCGCGGUCAGCGCCUGGGUGCACCAGCACAUCGGCAGGCAAGGGGCUGCUAGUGGGCAGGGUGAGGAGUUGUGAGAAACAAAAGACUAUGGCAACUGAGUGCACCGCCACAUUGGCAGGCAGGCUGCUAGCGGGGGUUGUGGAUA